UUUGCUCUGCUCCAGACAUCAUGGCGUGACAACAUGUAUUCAUUUCUAUCUCGGGCUCUUAUUACGCAGGUGGACGCAAGCACGAGGAGCAGAGGCGCAUUUUCUGAGGCUUCUGUUCUCUGGGACGCAGCAUGAUUUCCUGCCACAUCCCAUCCAAAGAAAUCGACCGCAUUGCUUUGUUGAAGAAUCGGACAGACCAAGUCGUGUAUGAAAACUAAUUGCUCGCAUGGGUACGCGUAGUAUUACAGCAGGAGGAAAAAAAAUAAAAAAAAGAAAAGCACGGCAUCAGUGCAUGGGUGGGAUUCCUUCAUUGCGCUUCAGACAGGGGAACUUAUGACAACAAUUUGCUCCUGUAAUAGAAAACAAAAUAAAUGCCGGUAAAACAGGCGUGAUAACUGUGCUGUAGUGAUGUAAAAAAAAAAAAAAAAAAAAAAAACGGCGUUGACGGAUAGUUUUUCGACCUUCGUGUUUUUUCCGCGGACUUGGAUGAAUUUGACGCCAGCCCUCAGCCGUCAGAUGCGUUUUUAAGAGCGCAACCCAUAUCGUCUCAUAGGGAACCCGGACUGCAGUUUUCCAUCAAGACACCAUCUGUACCACGAUUGAGAACAAGGGGUUAUUGGACUUAUUGGAAAUUAAAUCUGCAGUGUUUGUGCGUUUCAAGAGCAUUACGCGGGGGACUCGAUACGACCACGUACUGACGCUUUAACCUCCUUUGAACGCAGCUCGGACGCAAAACCUCCGACUCUCCAGAGUGUGUGUGUUUUUUGGUUUGUUUGUUUUUUUUGUUUUUUGGUUUUUUUUGGAGGAUUUUUUUUUUCCUAUGGGCUUUACGUUUUCUGUCUUUGAGCCUCAAUCUGGGAUCGUUCUGGGAUUUAAGGUGGGGUUUUUAUCCCGAUGCAGGUAACUGGAAGAUAACCCCCAGUGUCUUGUUGAUGACAGCAGAUUGUCGCGCAUCUCCGGCUGUUGGAUUUUCCAGCACAGACCCGACGAGCCCCAUCUGAAGGUUUUACGCGUGAAUUUGGAAUAAAUGAACUCCGUUACCGUCUUAGAUUCACUGUGAAUUUACCCAAAGAGGCAAGUGAGGACAGCAGAAACCAUGUUCAAUAGGAUCAACCCGUCGGCAUCUGGUUUAUUAGUCCCACUUUUGACUGCUUUGAAGUGAACCCUGUGAGGAGCAUCCAAAACGACAGGAUAUUCUGGUGUUUUUUUUCCUGUAACGCCAGAGGGAGUCAUCUUCCGGAGCUCUGACUCUCUGACUGCCAGCUGAUCGGGAUGCUGAUGUGAAACCUGCGAUGGACACCAGGGCUUGAUAUCUGGACCUGACCUGGAAUCGGAUUGACAAUGGACCGGCUGGUUCUGUGCGUGCUGCUGUGUGCAGCCCUGGUGAAGGGAAACAGCUGCCCCGGCCGCUGCAUCUGCCAACACCUCUCCCCCACCUUGACUCUGCUCUGUGCUAAGACUGGUCUGCUGUUUGUACCCCCCACCAUCGACCGCAAGACCGUCGAGCUGCGACUCACUGAUAACUUCAUCACUAUCAUUCGCAGGAAAGACUUUUUCAACAUGACUAGUUUGGUCCACCUCACCUUGUCCCGUAACACCAUCAGCCAGAUCACCCCCCAUGCCUUUGUUGGCCUGCGAUCCCUGCGGGCGCUGCACAUGGACGGUAACCGCCUCAGUGUUAUUAAAAGUGACCACUUUAAGGGUCUAAUCAACCUGCGGCAUCUAAUCCUCGGAAACAACCAGAUCCACCAAGUGGCCCCCAACUCUUUUGAUGAAUUUGUUUCCACCAUAGAGGAUUUGGAUCUUUCCAAUAACAACUUGCGCAGCCUGCCCUGGGAAGCCAUAGCCAGAAUGACCAACAUUAACACCCUCACACUGGACCACAAUCUGAUUGACCACAUUGGAGCAGGGACUUUUACACUGCUCACCAAGCUGGUCCGUCUGGACAUGACCUCUAACAGGCUGCAGAAACUGCCGCCAGACAGCCUGUUCCAGCACGCACAGGUACUGUCCGAUGCCAAGGGUUCCAGCUCAUCCACUCUGGCUGUCAGCUUUGGCGGAAACCCACUCCAUUGUAACUGUGAGUUACUGUGGCUGCGUAGGCUGACAAGAGAGGAUGAUCUGGAGACUUGUGCCUCACCAGAACAUCUCAUGGACAAGUACUUCUGGUCCAUUCAAGAAGAGGAGUUCAUCUGCGAGCCUCCAUUGAUCACCAAACACGUUGCUACUAAGCCCUAUGUGAUGGAAGGCCAGGGAGUGACUCUUAAAUGCAAAGCCGUGGGUGAUCCAGACCCAGACAUCCACUGGCGGUCUCCAGAUGGGAAGCUGGUGCAUAAUAAUUCCCGCACCAUCCUGUAUGAUAAUGGCACCCUUGAUAUUCUCAUCACCACUCUGAAGGACAGUGGGGCAUUUAAUUGUGUUGCAUCCAAUGCCGCGGGCAUCGCCACAGCUGCUGUUGAGAUCAACAUGAUCCCCUUACCCCUGUUUGUUAACAACACAGGCCACAUGCGAGAGGACCCGGGCCUCUCAGACAUCACCACCUCCUCCAAAUCUGGCAAUGACACUAAGGGCUACGACAAGCAGGACAGGAGAGUUAUGGUCAAUGAGCUGACCUCUUCCUCUGCUGUGAUCCGCUGGCCAUCUGAGCGCCAUAUCCCCGGCAUCAGGAUGUACCAGAUUCAGUACAACAGCACAGCAGAUGAUACUUUGGUGUACAGAAUGAUCCCAUCUACCAGCAAGAACUUCUUAAUCAAUGAUCUGGCUGCAGGGCGGGAGUAUGACCUUUGUGUGCUGGCGGUUUACGACGACGGCAUCACAUCAUUAACAGCCACACGUGUGGUUGGCUGUGUGCAGUUCCACACAGCAAGUGAGGUCAGCCAGUGCCGCUUCAUGCACAGUCAGUUUCUGGGAGGCACUAUGAUCAUCAUUAUUGGUGGGAUAAUCGUUGCCUCUGUGCUGGUGUUCAUCAUCAUCCUGAUGAUACGUUACAAGGCCUACAGCAGCCCAGAGGACGGGAAAACCAAGGUCAGCUCCAGCAUGCACUCCCAGACCAACGGUAGCCAACAGAGGCUCCAGCGCUCGGUGUCCAAGCAGCCGUCUGACGAGGGCCAGUCCAUGGCGCCCAAAGAGUGCAUGGCGCUGGUGCUGCGGGUGGACAAUGAGAAGAGGGAGGAUGCAGCAGCCACCACGGCCAUCCUGGAGGUGGAGCUGCCUCCCAUGUCUCUCGAUAAGAUGAAGAGAAGAACCAGCCUGGAUGCCCAACGCUCUGGCCCCCCAUCUGAGGACACACAGACGGACAGUAGCCUGACAGGCUCCACCAUGUCCUUGUGUCUCAUAGGUCCUAAUGCUGGCACCAAAGAGGCUCCGAGGCUUAAAGACAAGAAAAGUGCCCUGGCCAACAUGGGAUUGCUCCCUAAUGAGCUGGCACGAACUAGGCACAGAUUCUCCUUUGAUGGCGGGGAUUACUCCAUAUUUCAGAGUCAUAGUUACCCACGCAGAGCGAGGACGAGGUGGCACAAGUCCACCAACCAGCUCAACAUGGAGUCCUCGCCUCUCGCCAACAGGAGAGUUACAUUCAGCAGCACUGAGUGGAUGCUUGAGAGCACAGUCUGAGGAAAGCCGUGAAGCCCUCCGGGGCUCAGUCGCACACAAACAUACAGUAUGCACAUGUAAAAACACAAGAUCUCACAUAUGUCUACAUGCCAUAAAAUACAAGCACACACUUUUACUGUACACAGCAGAUAAAAAAAUACAAGCACACUGACACAUGCAAACUUUCUGUGAGUUGCUGAACAGUCUCCCUUCAUCCUGCCUCCCCAUCAUACUCCCAGAGAGGUUUGUUGGCCAUGUCCUUUCUUUAUGCAGCAGUGCCUUAUUCUAAAAAAAAAUGUACGAAUGGAGGAUGCUGCUCACUGUAGUCAUAAACCUUCCUCUCUUUCAUUGCCUCCCGCGCUGACACAGGGAGCAUUUCUUUGGAUUUUUAAUUUUUUUCCUUUUCUGUGACAUGCCAAGGGGGUGUGACAUUUGGAUGUGACUGUUUAUCUUUAAUGUGUUUAAAAAAGGAAAAAAAAAAAACUUCAUCAUAACUGUAAAGUGAACAGCCAGGUAUCCUGUUAUGUCAAUCAUGUUUUGGGUUCUUUCAAAAAAAAAAAACUUUUGCACAGAAGACACGAGAUACAAGGACAUGUAUCACCACCAGUCUAUACAAUAAUAAUAAUUAAAAAAGAACAGAAUUUUACACAUGCCGAUUUCUAAUGUUAGCAUAGAGAGGAUGGACCUGGAAGCCGUGGAUUCCUCUUUGACGGUCGGACUGUAUGAUGUUUAAUAGGUAUUGUUCCAGAUGUGACUGUAUAUUAAUCGGUACUGUAUCUGGCUGGUCUAGAUAAAAAGACAACAACAAAAAAAGACAUAUAUAAGUAUAUUAAAACAUUGGUGUAUGUGUACUAACUAUGUAAGUAAGUAAGUCAUAUGUCACAUGACUUUUUACAAAGCAUUUGGGUGUUGGCUGCAAGUUUUUACAUUAAAAACCUGUGUCAUCACACCUCUCCCUAUUUAGUAUGUCAAAGUUUGAACCAUUUAUCCCUCACGAAGGGAAUUAAAUUUUUUGUGUGGGUAUCA